AUGGCUGGCAUCGCACCUGGAAAGACCUUCACUCCUGGGCUCGACUUUAGUAGUCAGUCUUAUAGCAAGCUCGGCGAGAAGGUUGAGGCCGCCGUCGCGCGCGCCCAUGAGAUCAUCAAGGAGAAGCUUCCGCUCCUCGCCCAGCUCAACGCCCUGAUCUCCUUGACCUUUGGCGAUCGUGCCCCUGUUUUCGUGGAUGCUCGUUCAUCCAAGGCCACGUUCCUAGACUCUUGCUCCGAUAAGCCCGAUACCAAACUCACUAUUAAACCCGAAUAUAUCUCUCAAUUCUAUGAGGGUAAGCUUGAGCCUCGGUAUGGCCUUUUCAAGGACGCCUUCUUCCACGAGGCCUCAAUGCCAAAGGGCAACGUUCCCGUCGCCAUCAAGUUUGCCGACCUACUCACUCCUGACCCUCCCGUUCCCCCCAAGAAGGUUGUUCCAGGCGCUUUUGCUCGUCUUCCCGAGCCUUCGGAGGAUAUCGAUCAAGUGAAGCGGGAUAUCAAGGAGUUUGGCUACGGUCUCGUCAAGAACGCUCUCACACCCGAGCAAGUCUCGAUCCUGAAGAAGGGAACUCAAGAACAAGCUGCUGGUGAGCGCAAGGCUGGCGUUUCUGCUACGGACGGUGGCCCCAACGCCCCCAACCAGCGCAUCUGGACUCUCAUCAACAAGGGAGGGGAGUUCCUCGAUCUUCUCAACCACCCUCUCAUCGACGAGAUUGUUCCCUGGUUCCUCGGCGAGCAUGCUCUCAUUCACAGUUAUAGCGCCAACAUUGCCCGCCCUGGCAACGUCCCCAUGCAACUCCACACAGACCAAGUCGCCAUCCAGCCGCCUGUUCGUGAACUCGCUUUCGGCCUCAACAUCAUGUGGUACCUCGAAGAUAUCACAGAGAAGAACGGUGGCACCCGUGUGUUCCCUGCGUCUCACCUCGGUCAGAUUGCCCCCGACGAUCUGUUCACCGUGGACGGCACCGUCGCCGCCGAGGGGCCUUCUGGCACUGCUUUGGUGUUUGAUAGUCGCUUGUGGCAUGCUACGGGUCCCAACCGUGAGGAGUCUGGCGAGCGCCCUGUCAUCUUGAUCUUUUUCAUGCGAUCUUUCAUUCGCCAACAGGAGAACAACUUCUUGUCAUUGCGCAAGGAUGUUGAGGCUAAGUUGUCCGACCGCCACAAGCGCCUUCUGGGUUUUUACACUACGGGUGCUCUGGGUGGUAUCGAAGGAGAUGUUCGGGAGGGAUUCUUUGUGACAAGGAAGGAUGACUGUGUUGGCACUUUGCGUGCCGCUCAUGAGUGA